AUGCCGCCUAAACGGAAAGUAGGGCGUCCGCCUGGAUCCAAAAAUAAGAAAGGAAGGAAAACGUGUAAAAAGAUUGUGAAAAAGAAGCCUGUUUCGAUAAUACGUGUAGAAAAGGAAAAAGAUGAACGUUCUUCAAAUAGUAAUGAUUGUACAACAAGCGAUGAAAAUGUCUGUGGAGUGUGCCAAAAUAUAUUCAACUCUAAAGACGAGCUGGGUACACAUCAUGAACGGUGUCGUGCUUUGGAAAUUGUAUCAGAUUAUUUCCCAAAGCAGGCAGCAUACACUUGCAAUGAAUGCCCCAAGAAAUUUAGAUUCAAGAAAAGUUUUAUUGAACAUUGCAAGAAUGAACACUCCAAGUCACCUAAAAGAGUAGCUUGUAGUCAGUGCAAUGUGUAUUGUCCUGACACAAAGACAUUGAAGGAACAUAUCGCAAAGGUUCAUGAAAGAGAUAUUUAUGAAUGUCCUACAUGCCAGCGGCAAUUUGUUCGUCGAUCACACGUACUUCGGCAUAUGGCACAGACAGGGUGUGAUGGCCAAGGAGCAGCAGAAUACUCAUGUGAAAUAUGCCAUGUAACAUUCACAAGGAAAGAUAAUUUAAUGGUGCAUAUAAGACUGCAACAUAUAGUGAGAAAUGGUUACAAAUGCAAGAGCUGCAAAUUUGACUCGAAAAAUUUUUCCAAAUUGGUAGCCCACUGGCAUGCAAAUCAUGCAGAGACUCCUGGGCAAUACCAAUGCAACACUUGCAGCAAAUGGACCAGCUCCCGAGCAGCCAUGACCAAACACCUUGAAAUACAUGGUGAAAAGAAAUAUGCAUGUGAUGUGUGCGGGUACAGCACGUACACCAUCGAGGUCAUGCGGCGCCACGUGCUGACGCAUGUGGCGGAGAAGCCGUACAAGUGCGAGAUCUGCUCCAAGUCCUACAUCCAGCGGGCGCAGCUGCAGCGCCAUCUCGAGAUCCACACAGGCAACCUAUGCACCAAGUGUGAUACUCCAUUCCCCUCCAGAGCAAAGUUACUGGUACACAUGAGAGAACAUAUGGGAUUAGAUAAGUUGCAUUGCCCCAUAAAGACAUGUACUUAUUACACAAAAGCUUUCUCCACUGAAAGUGGGCUGAACCAUCACUUGAAAACGCAUGGGGACGAUAAGCCGUAUAGCUGCGAGGUAUGCGAUAAGAAGUUCCACUCGGAUAUGAACCUGCGCCGCCACUUGGAGACGCACACGUUGGACAAGCCGCGGCGCUGCAUGUACUGCGUGUCGGCGCGCGCCUACGUGCGCGGCGCGCAGCUCCUGCGCCACGUGCGCAAGAACCACGACUCCAUCUUCCGCGGCCAUCUGCUGCAUGUACGCCAAGUGCUCGGCGCCGAUAGCACAGCAGAAAGAGUGAAAAAGUCUGAAUUAGAUGCAAUCCUAAACUUGUUAGAUGUGGAAUCGGAUCGAAUCUUGCAAGGUUACAGCGGAGCUGAUGUGCUCUACGGUGGUAUGCAAGAUGACGAAAAUCGUGCCAGCAAAGAAGUACCUAACAACGAGCCAAAGAAAGUAAACUCUCCCCUACUGUCUGAAGAUGAGCUUACCGAGAAUUUGAGAAAACUGCUUUCCAAACUUAUAGAUAAGGAAACACUCCAUCUAUUUGGGUGGCCGGAUGAAAGUGUAGAUGUGGUAUUGGAAAAAGUGAUCGAACAGUGUGGCGCUAAACCCGCAGACCGCGAAAAGUGGACACGUGUGCAACGGUUGCGCGAGAACUCCAAGCAUUUGUUCUUGUACGUUAUUGAAGACAAGAACAUAGCCCGCAUGCUGGGCACACACACCAUUGAUCAAAUUGUUAAACAUAUACUGAAACAAGUCAGCGACGAUGAUGCCAACGAGAUCUAG